AACUAUGAUGGUACCUAGCCAGGGAUUGCUUAUUAAUGGACUUGGUAGCUCUGGAUCUUCAGAUCAAUCUGUAUUAUACAGUGACACUCCUUUACGCGAUUGGCCAAUUGGACAGCAAGAUCAGAAUUCUUUGUGGCAGGCACCUCAUUCUAGACUUCAUUUUCCAGCAGCAACAUAUUUGCCCAAUUCUAUACGUCAACAACAGCAACAGCAGCAACAGCAACAGCAGCAACAGCAACAGCAGCAGCAGCAAUCUUCAUCUAAUAGUCCACACUAUCCUUCAACACAUUCUGAAUUAUCUGAAUCUCAAACGACUUCAGCUGCCCAUGCCACUAUGCAACAACAGAGCACAUUUUCUACAAAUAACAUUCCUUUUCCAGACUUGGCUCACAAGAGUAGCUCAUCGAGCAAAUAACUUUCAUCUUUAUUACCUUAUUACCUUCUUACUUUCUUACUUUCCUUCCUUUAAUUUCUCUUUAUACUCAACAAAUUAUAUACAAAUGUUCCUAGCAUUAUUUCCCUCAAAAACACACUAACGCACACACAUAUACACAUAUACACAUACACAUACAUACAUACAUACAUACAUACAUACAUACACACAUACACGUACACGUACACGUACACGUACACAGGCAUAAAUACACUGUAUAUUGUCUUGUCCU